AUGGAGUCGCAAACUUCUCCGCCCCCCGGCGCCGGCUCCGGCUUCAUCGCCACCUACCUCCAACAGCCCGCCGCCCUCGCCGCCCUCGUCACCCUGCUCGUCAUGGUCGCCGCCGUCCGCGCCGUCCUGUCCGGCCCGCAACCCCCGGCAUCCAGCCCCGGGCCCGGGUGCAAGUCGAGCCCGCCCAAGGUCCCCUUCUGGGUCCCCUUCUUCGGCCAUGCGCCCCAGAUGCUCCUCAACACGGACGGAUUCCUCGCCCGCCUGCGCGACCGGUACCCCGAGGGCGUCUUCUCGCUGCGCCUGUGCGGCAACCUGCAUCACAUUGUCCACGGCCCUUCCAUGGUCACCACGCUGCUCAACCGGCCCAAGACGGCUGCCGAGACGCCCUCGAGCAGAGUCCUCGUCUCCAUCUUUGGCUGCAGCAAGCAGGACCAGGCCCAUCACGCCACCAUGGCCAACGAGACCCUGUCCCACUUCAAGCACCUGCUGUCCGAGCCCGGCCUGAGCGAGCUCGUCUCCGCCACGGUCAUCCACGUCAAGCAGCACAUUGCCGACCUCGUCACCUUCAACUCCAGCCCCGCCGACCAGGCCGACUGGGAGAGGAUGGCCGGCGCCGACGUCGUCGAGGGCCCGCAAGGCGACGGGUUUGUCGAGGCCGAUCUGACGGAGCUGACGCGCAACUUCAUCGCAAAGACGGCCAACUGCGCCCUCUACGGCACCGACUUUGUCGACAACUUCCCCGACCUGUGGUCGCUCCUGUGGAUCUUUGACGACGCAUUCCUCCUGCUGGCCGCCAGGAUCCCCGCCUGGGUGCCGUGGCCGCGGCUGCAGCGGGCCAGGCUUGCGCAGCGACGCACCCUCGGCUUCACGCACGAGUUCAACGUGGCCAUGGAUAAGCAUCUCCGCGGCGAGGACCCGGGCGUCAAGUGGCAGGACCUGGACAACGUGAGCGCCGUGGUGCGCGCCAGGCUCGAGACCUUCCAGAGGCACGGCCUGUCCAUGAAGGCCCGCGCCAGCUGCGACCUGGCUCUGCUGUGGGCCAUGAACGCCAACGCCAACCAGCUCAUCCCGUGGAUGCUGUUUGAGCUGUACCGAGACCCCGUCCUGCUCGAGCAGGUCCGCGAGGAGAUUUUGCCCUACGUCCAGGUGACGCAGCCCGAGAAUGACUUUGGCAAGGGCGUCUGGCUGCCGGCGGUCCUGGAGCACCUCGACCUCGAAGGCCUCGUGCACAAGUGCCCGAUGCUCAAGGCGGCCUACAUCGAGACGCUGCGCGUGUACACGGGCACCUGGACCAUGCGGCGGCUCAACGAGGACGUGACGCUGGACGACAGGGGCAAGGCGGAGCCGUUUUUGCUGGGAAAGGGCACGUACGCUCACAUCGCCCAGGAGAUGCACCAGAUGGACCCCGAGUACUUUCCUGACCCCGGGGAGUGGCGUCACGAGAGACACCUGAGAGAGCACGAGGACGAAAAGGGCGUCAAGACGCUCGUGGCCGACAUGGGCACCGUGAGGCCAUAUGGCGGCGGCCCGGCCAUGUGCAAGGGGAGAACGUUUGCGCUGCGCGAAAUGCUCCUGUACUCGGCCAUCAUCAUCACUUUUUACGACAUGCAGCCACCCAAGGGCCAGUCGUGGGAGGCGCCCAAGACUUACAAGCCAAUGGCCACGAGGCAUCCCAAGACGCCCAUCAAGGUGUGGAUCAAGAGGCGAGAGCAGCCGUCUGGUCGGCAAGCGGAGGGGGAAGAGGCGAGGACGUAG